AUGAAUUUCUUCGGGUUUCUUUUAACUUCAGUUGAAUUUCGUAGAAAUUCCAUGCGUUUUUGUGCAAAUCUAUCAACAUUAUUCAAUGAUAUACCCAAACUAACCGAACGCUUACCGCUUUAUGAUCAAACAAAUGAGAUUCCAUCAUUCAACGAAUACAAAAAGAUAGUUCUUGAUCGUACACUUGAUUAUGCUAAAAUGUUCAACGUCAGUAAAGUGCAUCUAGUGAUGACAGAAGCAAAGGAUGAGUCCGAUCGGAUCAUCGAUCUUGUACAUCAGGCAGCUCAAUUCUUUCAACCACAUCGUAUUUUAUGUCUGAUUGAGCCACUUUCAACACGGCCGAACUACUAUUUACAAUCGUAUUCGACAGCAAUGAGUAUUGUUCAGUCAUCUAACAGCAAUAAUCUGAAAAUCAUGUUGGAUUCCUUCCAUCUUCAACGAUUACAUGGAAACUUAACUGAAAGAGUCAAAGAAUUAGCUCCGUUCGUUGGACACGUUCAAAUUUCACAAACACCAAACCGUGAUUGUCCUAUGAACGAAAAUGGCGAAGUUAAUCAUCGAUAUUUUCUAUCUAACCUCAUUGCAUCAUUCUAUCAAGAUUACAUCGGUUUAGAAUAUAACUGUGACAAGUCAAUGUGGUGUUCUUCAACUCUAGAUUCUGGUGAUGCAUCGCUAAAACGGCUGGAUAGAUUUAUAUCAGCCUAUUGA